CAGUCUGAACUUGCAUGCCAGUGCCGGUCAAACAUUAAAUGUGUAACCUAUAGGAUCGACGGUAUUUUAGCAAUCGUAUAGGAAUAGCACAAAGGAUAUACGAAUUUUUUACAACUGACAUUUUUAUUUUCGUAAAGUUCUAUCUUAGAACAACAACUUUAGAAUAGAAACUGCCAAAAUGAGACAAGAUUUUCGAGUAAAAAUUGAUAUAUCCAGGAUAUAUCAAGACGCAAGACAAUACAGUUGGAUUUUCAUCGACAGUACAAAGAUAUUUUAUGUAAAUCAAUUUGUUAAUCACGUGCGGAAGAUUUUCAAUAUCGAAAAGCCUUUUCAUCUUCUGUCAAGACACGAAGAUACGUGUUUUUUUCUGCCCUUCGAAGAAGACAUUAGAGUUUUGGAAAAUAACGAUACUGUUGUGAUCGUUCCUGGUACAGGGAUUAAUGAUGAUAAUAUUUCUGUAAUGAAAAGUGAUGUUGACUCAUUGUCAAAGGUACAAAGUAAUUGUAGAGAAGCUUCAAAAAACAAAGAAAGUGAUCUAAUUUAUAAUCAAAGUUAUACAACCGAUAAGUCCUCUCAAAAUUCUACUCAAAAUGUCUCAGAAAUUCCAUUGUUCAAUGACACUUUGUAUAGGACUGCAUUACAUGAUGUAGUUACAAGUGAUACCAAAGAUUCUGAAAUAACAGAAGAUAAUUACACUGAAGAACAAUUAAAUCCAGAGAAAAAUAUAUCCAAUAAAAGGAAAAGAGUGCGCAAGAGGAAACAGAAAAAGCCUGCAGAUGUAGUUCUUGAAAGUGAUAUUUCACUAAAUGAAACCUCUGGUAAAAAACCAAAAGUAAUUGAUUCAAUCUUAAUCACAUCUGGUGGAUCUGGUAAACAUAUAAGAUUCAAAAGUUUAGAUAAUGAUAUUACAUCAGAUGUAACUGCUUAUGAAAACAAUGUCCAUCAGAUAUUACAAACUGAAGAUACAAAAAAUAAGCAAAAUAUAAGCAAAGAUCUUACGGCUCUCCUCAAUUUGAGACAAAGUUCAACACCAUUAACAUUUGUACACAAACGAAUAAAAAAGGAAUAUAAUGAUACUCUAUAUAAGCCAGAAUCCAUUCAAGAACAAGAAAUGAGUAUUGAAUCAGAUGAGAAGUCUAAUCAGAUAAAUACAAGUUUGAAUGGUUAUAAAUUACCUGCAGAAGUUGAAAAAAGUAAAAUUCAAACGCCAACACAAAAAAGAUUUGAAGAUGAUGAUAAUAAUACAGUGUCUUUCAAGGUAUUCAAAAUAGGAGAAGAUUAUACACCUCAAAUAUCAAAUGUGAUAAUAGCUCAAAUUUUAUCUAGUAGUGCAGAGGGAUCACAGUACACAAUGAAGUUGUUGCAUGGUAAAGAUCAAUUGAAGGAACCUGAAGGCAAAUUUUCUCUUCCAAAAGAUAAAGAAAAUUCAGAUGAUCAUGAUGGUAAUGAUGAUGAUGAUGACAUCAUAACUCUUGAAAAAUCCAAACUUCUAGAAUUUACCAGAAUCAAAGCAAUUGACACUCCCAAGUAAUUUAUAUUAAUUUUUUUUUUAUAGUUUUGAUGAUUGUAUGUUAUUCUGUAUUUGUUUUAUUCUAGAGAAUGGCAUUUAUAUAUUUUUUUAUUGAAUGACUGAGAAACAACUAUGCACUAAAGUUUAAAAUAAUUCUUUUUGUUUGUGUGGUAAAUGAUAAAAUAUUUAAAGUCUAACUACUGUGU